ACUACCAAAUUCCUACACGCAUAUGGAUUUUGAUUCCCCAACUUCGAAUGGGGAUCCUAAUGUCUCCCUAUAUAUACCAACAUCCACUCUGCACCCGUCCAAUAUCCACAAGCCUUCGUUGUUUGAUUUGUUAUUUAAAUCAAACAUGUGCCGCCGCAAAGUAAGUUCAACUUCGAGUUCCAAGUCGAAGCCGAUCGCAAUCCGACAAGUGUGGGCCCACAAUCUAGACUCUGAGUUCGAACUAAUUCGCCAAGUGAUCGACGACUGCCCCUUUAUUUCGAUGGACACAGAAUUCCCCGGACUCAUAUAUCGACAGCCGUACAAACACGAUACACAGCCGACCGAUCACUACAAAAACCUCAAAUCCAACGUUGACGAUCUCAACCUCAUCCAGGUGGGCCUCACCCUCUCCGACUCCGGUGGGAACCUCCCCGACCUCGGCUCCCCGACGCCCUACAUCUGGGAAUUCAACUUCAACGACUUCGAUAUCGCCCGGGACCGCCACGCUUCAGACUCCAUCCAGCUCCUCCGCCACCAGGGAAUCGACUUCGAUCGCAACCUCUCCGACGGCAUCGCGUCGGCCCGGUUCGCAGAGUUGAUGAUGUCGUCGGGACUCGUCUGCAACGACUCAGUGAGUUGGGUGGCGUUCCACGGCGCGUACGACUUUGGGUACUUGGUGAAGAUCCUCGCGGGCCGGAAGGAAUUGCCGAGUGGCAUGGAAGAGUUUUUGAGGAUUGUGAGGGUAUUUUUCGGAAAUAGAAUUUAUGACGUCAAGUACAUGAUUCGGUUCUGUAACAGCUUGUACGGAGGGCUGGACCAGGUGGCGAAGAUUUUAAAGUUGGACCGGGCAGCCGGGAAGUGCCACCAGGCCGGUUCAGAUAGCUUGCUGACGUGGCAUGCGUUUCAGAAAAUUAGGGAUGUGUAUUUUAUGAAUGAUGGCCCCGAGAAGCACGCGGGAGUCUUGUAUGGAUUAGAAGUGCUUUGAUUUUUUAUUUUUUUUUCUUAAGUAAAGCUUCAUAAUUGUACUUUAUUUAUUUAAUUGCAAUUUGGUCAAGUAAAAUCAUGAUUCUAAAAACCGCUAAACGCUAGUCGGACGGUGAGUUAGAGCCUAGCGUCUAGACAGUUAGGCGAAGCCUAAGCAAGCGUUUAAGCGAACUAGGCGGAUUUAGAUUUAUUAUAUAUUAUAUGACUAUAUAAUUACUUAUUUUACGUAUCUAAUAUUAUAGUCUAAGGGAAAAAAACCAUAUUUAAAUAAUUCAUAUAACAUUCAUAUAUAACAUAUAUAUAUA